AUGGACCCUGUCACAGAUUCUUUCGAGCACACAGAGGAGGAGAAACGCUCCAAUCCUCCCACCAAAAAGACCUCACCCACCCCCGACGACCGCAAGGAGCCCUGGCGCGAGUUCAAAACCGUCACGGACGAUGUCUCCGUUAGCAAGCACAAGCCGACUGUGAAGGGAUUAAGUCAGUCGCUCGUUUCACAGAAGGUCGGCCUGGAAGUUUGCGAGUUUACCUAG